CGUGUUGAACAGCUCGACAGAUAUAGCAGCAGCUGGAGAAACAGUGUCCCAAACGGUAACCACACUAGUGGUGUUACUCUACUACUGCUCUUUCAAACACCUUCAGGAUAACAGCACAGCUCUGGUUGGUGCUACAUACAACCAACAUGGACAUGGACACAACUGAAGACGAAAGCAGCACCCCAGAAGCAGAAGCCAGCUUCGCGUACAAGGGUGCUCACCAGGCGUUCAGGGAUCGCUGGAAAGAGACGGAUGACACCAUGUGUCGCCACAGCAUGUCCUUCCACGUGCACCACACGCUGAGGAGUGACUUCUUUGCCAGCUACCUGUACCUGCUGGAGAAGGUUCCCAUGGUGAAGCUGUUUCCGGUCACCUGCGAGUACAUCAAGGGAGAGAAACAGUUCUACUACCGAGCCCAGAAGUUCUACGAGGACGUCUCCGCCUCGGAGGAGGGCAUGCUGGGAGAUUUUGUGGAGAUAGGCAACGUUGAUCUGGAGGGAUCCCGGCAGUUCCUGCAGAGGUUUGUGGGUCCUGGCAAGGCCGGUACACAAUUCGCCCUGGACUGUGGCUCCGGGAUCGGCCGUGUGACCAAAGGCGUCCUCCUUCCUGUCUUUGAGAAGGUAGAGAUGGCGGACAUGAUGGAGCACUUCCUGCUCCACGCGCACGAGGAGUACCUCGGCGAAGGCGCUGACCGCAUUGAGACCUACUACUGCUACAACCUGCAAGAGUUCACACCUCCGAAAAACAAGUACGACGUCAUCUGGAUGCAGUGGGUGGCGUGCCACCUCACAGACAAGGACCUGAUGAACUUCCUGUUUCGCUGUAAGAAGAGUCUGCGUCCAAACGGCGUCAUCGUAAUGAAGGACAAUAUGGCACGGCAGGGCUGCAAGCUGGACCCCAUCGACAGCAGCAUCAGCCGCCACCUGGACAUCAUGAGGGGCAUCAUCGCCAAGGCCGGCCUGGAGAUCCUGGCUGUGGAGAGGCAGGAAGGGUUCCCUGAGAUCAUCAUGCCUGUCUGGAUGAUUGCUAUGAAAUAGAAGUGACAUUAGUGCCGUGCAAAGAUUCAGAAAAUCAACCUAAAGCUGAAUUCACCUGUUAUUCCACUUUUAAGUCCAGAUUUGUGAUCAAGUCCCUGAAAACGACAACAGCAGAGCAGGAAAUCUUCACUAUGUCAUCAGGCGAUAAAUCCUGAGCCGGCGGUGUGGAUGGUGUGAUCACACCCAGGGAGAUUUUUAUGGAGACAGGAGUUCAUUUUCAGGUCAGCACAGAAAUGAAAUAAAGGUUUUAGGUAGACAUUAAACGUCGACAGAAGCACUCUGUACGUCUGCAAAGUACAGACCGAGAUUUACGGUCGGCCGGCCACCUCCGGGUUUUGUUUCUUGAUGACAUCAAAGAUAGACCUUCAGUUCUCUGGAGUGUUGGGAGAAGCUUGUUCCUGUCUGAACCACGAGGAUCAUGGGAAUAACAUGUGGAUUCAGAUUUACUGUUCGCUCCGUCCUCUGAGCGAAGGUUUGUUUCAGUUUUCGACUAAAUACACAGUUCACGCACAACGUAUCAGCAGCAGUAAUGGAUCAUGUUAGAUUUGUUUUGCUUUAUAUUUUCAUUGAUUUACACGUGAUCAGUAUCUGGAUACACCAACACAUACUCUGCAUUAUGUAAUCAGUGUACACAGAGGUAGAUCAGACCCAACAUCAUCUUAUAUGAGCUUAACUCGCCUCAAUCUCUGACUCAACCGUCUGCAGCUGAAUUGUUUUGUUGCUAAUCUAGACAGUUUUAUCAAGGAACAGGACGUCCAGGUCCUGGACUUCUCCUUGAA